AUGACUUCCAGCGAUAUGUGGUCAGCUUCUGCCAUCUCUGAGUGGUGUACCGAAACUUCAACAACAAGCAAUUUCAAAACUACCAUGAACAACAGUGCUCAUACUCGCCAUAGUUCAAGCAGUACCUACAUGCCAGAAGUUGGAUCGCAUCUAUCUUUCAAAGAAUUAGGUCCUAUCAUCUUGCAAAUCGAAGUUGGCAGUGGCAAAGAGCCUGGAGGUACCGUCACUUUCAAAGUCCAUGCCAAACUUAUCUACGCCAAAAUUCCAGCCCUCGAAUACAUGGUCGCCAAUACUUUCGAAGAAUUCCUAGACCCAGUCAAAGAAGUCCCAGAUGUUAUCCUUGCAAAUGAUGAUCCCAAGGCUUUCAAGUUGCUCGUCGACUGGGUCUAUACCGACAAAAUCGAUGGCGGUCUUAGUAAGAUUGCAAGCAUCGAGAACACAACUACACCCUCCAAAGGUUCCUUCAAAGGACUUUUUAUGUCGAUGAAGCUUCCAAUCCUCGUUAAACUCUGCAUUCUUGCCGAAAAAUAUCAUAUCCCGCGUCUACAGGAUGAAUCGAUUGACUCCCUCAUCAAGUUCAUGGUCGAUACCAAGGCAAGAGCUAAUCCUUCUUGUUGGUUAGAGGUCUACAAACACACUAUUCCAAUUGGUGGAUUGGAUGGAGUUAGUGAUAUUGAUCUCGAUUCGAUCUUAUCUCGCAGUGAGGAAUUACGUUUUGACAUAUCAACACUCACGGAGGAUAACAUGGGAGGUAGUCUAGCUGAUCCGUUGUUGGCACCAGCUUGUGAUUACUAUAGCGAUUAA